CACAGACUCACACAAUAGGAGUCCUUGAAGCCCUUCUGUUCCCGGGUCUGCUGGCUGUGAAUCCUGGCAAAAACUGUGAAAGCCGGCGGGGCACCUUCAGCUGCGUGGGCGGGGCGGACACAGGGCUCCAGCCAGAGGACGCCAGCGCUUCCCCGGCGCGAACGCCUAUGAGGACCUUCUAGGGGCUUCCCGACAACUCCUCAGUGAGUGGGAGUUGGGGGCUCAGUCCGCUCCUAAGAAGUGUCUCUCUUGCAGUACUCACUACCCACUUUGCUUCUCGGCCAAUUUCUUCUCGGCCAGUCACCCUGCGCUUCUGAAUCGGCCCCCUCCCCACUCCGAUCCCCAAGGAGCCCCCCGACCCCGGCUGUAACCCCGAGGAGCAUCUCCCCGCUGAAGCCGGAACUCUUGCGGACAGACUCCUGAGCUGAGGGUCUUCACUCUUUCCUGGGCACCCCAAGUGGAAAGGAGGCGGAAUGAGGGGAGAAUCUUACUUCAUUGGAAUGAGGAGGCCUGGGCAGCGAGGGUACAUCCCAGAAGAUGGAGGACUUUUCUUGCUGUGCUGCAUAGACAGAGACUGGGCUGUAACUCAGUGUUUCGCAGAGGAAGCCUUUCAAGCAAUCACUGAUUUCAACGACCUCCCCAACUCGUUGUUUGCAUGCAACGUUCACCAGUCAGUGUUUGAAGGAGAAGAGAGCAAGGAAAAAUUUGAGGGUCUGUUCCGGACUUACGAUGACUGUGUGACGUUCCAGCUAUUUAAAAGUUUCAGACGUGUCCGAAUAAACUUCAGCAAUCCCAAAUCUGCAGCCCGAGCCAGGAUAGAGCUUCAUGAAACCCAGUUCAGAGGGAAAAAAUUAAAACUCUACUUUGCACAGGUUCAGACUCCAGAGACAGAUGGAGACAAACUGCAUUUGGCUCCACCACAGCCCGCCAAACAGUUUCUCAUCUCACCCCCUGCCUCUCCGCCCGUGGGCUGGCAGCCCAUCAGCGACGCCACGCCAGUCCUCAACUAUGACCUCCUCUAUGCCGUGGCCAAGCUCGGACCAGGAGAGAAAUAUGAGCUCCAUGCAGGGACUGAGUCCACCCCAAGUGUCGUCGUGCAUGUGUGUGACAGUGACAUAGAGGAAGAAGAGGAUCCAAAGACUUCCCCAAAGCCAAAAAUCAUCCAAACCCGGCGUCCCGGCCUGCCACCUUCCGUGUCCAACUGAGCUCACCACUCCGCCUCGAUGAUAAUAUCUGUCUCCUCUUUAUCAUGCUUUUCUCUCCCUUGUUGUUUGUCGAAAAAAAAAAAAAAAGAAUUGCCUUUAAAUCCCUGGGUGUUUGGUUGUUUGAGAUUCCUUCCUUGUAAUCAAGCCUCUCGGACAAAAGGGCUAGGAAAAGGUGAUAUGUUUCCUGAUCAUAUCAUACCCAUAAAGUAUAAUCCAUUAUUUAGAAGGUUCUAGGGGGAAAAAAAGUAGUAUUUUCUUAUUAAACAAUCAGCACGGUCUAUAUCUUCAUUCUCUCCUGGUGAUCUAAGCCAGAGGCACCAGUAACAAAUAGCACCAGUGUUGUUUGUGAGCCGUUUCAGUCGUCCUGACAUGUAUGUAUUGUUUUUUCUCCUGGCCACUUAAGUAGGACCAUUAAGUAACCUUGACUUUGACUGCAUGAGAUAUUCCUACCUGGUCUCACUCAGUCCUCUGCCUCCCAACAUUCCCGGGACAUGCAUGAUCACCAGCAUUUAUUUUCAUGAUUUGAGGAUAUCCUAUAACUCACAGAUGGUCCGCAUCCAGCCAUGUCCUACCUAGAUUAGAAAAAUUAUCAGCAUUGUCCAGCUCAACAAGCCUGGGUAUUAUUCAGUAUUUUGAGUCAAUACUUCAUAACUCUGUUAAAAUUCCUGGAGGCAAAACUGAGCUUGGCCCCAAAGAUAUUCCUCAGUAGAUUUUGAACACCACUUCCGUAUAGAACUUUCCCAGCCUCAUUGGCGAGGCGUGUCCAGGGUGAUAGAGACCGAUUUCAGACAAACCUAUUUAUUACAAAAGUUUCACGGUGUCUGAACGAUUGUUUUUUUCUCUUUGUAUAUUUGUACAAAUGUUUCAGCUGUGCUUUUAAAAUCUGGAUGUUUUUUUAUUUAGUGAUUGUUCAGCCAUUAGCUGCUUAAAAACAUAAUAUAUGCAUUGCUUAUGAAUGCAUUCAUAUAAUAAUACAGAUAAUCUGAUAAUAUUACACUCUAUUAUGGAUAAUGCUGAAUUUUGAAAGGGCACAAAACUUCUCAUGCCAAUAUAUAAAUGAUUAGCCAACAUCUUUGCUAUCAAGACCACUUGUUUUUAAAGUGAAGAUGCAAGUGUCAGUAGUAGACAAUUUGGAUGAAGCUAGAUCUCCAGAAUGUAGCAGCUGCUGAGCAUAUUAAGAGGGAAAGGAUGAGAGAUAAAUGUAUGCCGAUCCUACUCAUGAAAUGCCCAUAUUACUCAAAAAUGUAUUUGUUUUCGAUACAUGUGAUUUUUCUAUUUCUCUAGCCCAAAGUGCAUUACACAAGAUACACCUAUAGAACCAUUACCUUCUGCUAUAUAUGUGCCGGGCCUCAUCUACUCCUGUACAUUAAUGGAUUUCAUUAGCUGCAAAUGCCAAUUACUACGAUGGAGUGGGGAAAUACUUUCAUUACCCAAGCCUCAGAAACACACACAAGAACAAUAACCCAGCCAACGGAUGGAAGGAUGGUUGUGGUUUUUGACUAAGGUGUAUGUUAGUUUCAUCAGAAACUUAAAACAUAGACAGAGCACUCAGAAAUCAAAGUCCGUUCUACUGUGAAUAUAGCAAUAUAGUACUGGACACAGUACAGGUGAAACUGAGGACAGCGUUGCCUGUAGAAUCCUGAGUUUCUGUAAGAAAAAUGAAGGCUCCUCUUAAGAAUAAAAUCUGAGGAGUGUAUACUAAGCAAAUGCUUUGACUUUCCUUUGCUGUGGAGAAUUUUGGUUUUUCAUUGGCAAAUGAACGACUAGACUUAAUAGUGGGGAAGCGUUGCCCUCUAGUGGAAGAGGAAGGUCUCAAUAGCCCUCAGGUAUUGAGAUGAACGGAGAACUGCAGCUGUCAGCCAUUUCGUGCUGAAUCUUCUCUGUCACCUGCGGGUUGUUGGACUUUUUAAGCUACUCAGAAUUUUCAGAAUGCAGGUUCUAAAGAAAUCUGGAUGAGAGAAAAUAUUUGGAAGUGAUUUUUAAAUGUUUUAAAACAGAUACAUCAGACAUUUCCAACCAAAUUUAGUAAAAGUUGAAAUGACCGGUCUGUGUAAUCGUAAAAUAAAGACUCAGUGGAGUGUGUGACCUAAGUGAUUAGACUUGGUGAAAUUGAUUGCAAACUGUCAAUGUUAAUCUGUCUCAGAUCAAGUAAUUCUUUCAUUAGGUUGGAUUUGGGGAGAGAGGAAGAGGAACUUUCCAGAAGAGUGGUAAGAAGCAGGAAAAACUCCUGGAAGUGUAUCAGUGGACGCUCCCAGCACUGUGAAAGUCAGACUUGCCUCAGCAUUUCCAUGACGCACAUUAUGCAAACUUCUUUAGCACUAUUUUAAGUUUGAAAAGUUUAAAUAUGGAGGGGAGGGGGGAGAUUUCCACCACCUGAAUCAUUUGUGCACGUGUAUAGCUCAACGAGCUUAGAUUUCAAAUAUACCUGGUGAAUGACUCUUUG